AUCAGGGUAUCACUUGUGAGCAAGUAGCUUGUGUGAUUAUGGAAGGAAGAUUAUCAGGAUUGAGGAAAGGAGCAUGGAGUCAAACUGAAGAUGAGCGUCUCAGAGAAUGCGUGCAACUCUAUGGGGAAGGAAAAUGGCACCUUGUUCCUCAAAGAUCAGGGUUGAACAGAUGCAGGAAGAGUUGUAGGCUGAGAUGGUUGAACUAUUUGAAACCAAAUAUCAAGCGAGGUGAUUUUAGUGAAGAUGAGGUCGAUUUGAUCAUCAGAUUGCAUAAGCUUUUGGGAAACAGGUGGUCUCUGAUCGCAGGAAGAAUUCCGGGAAGAACUUCGAACGAUGUGAAGAAUUACUGGAACACCAACAUGCGCCGCAAAGUACAAUCUCACAGCAAAGAUGAGGAGAACAACAACAAGAACAACGUGAAAGAAUCCGAAAGAAGUUGGAAACCCCACCACCAAGUGAUAAAGCCUGUGCCUCGAGCUUUGCCAAAAGCAUCGCCCUUGGUGCAAAGGCAAUUCAUGAGUUGUUCGAAAGUUGGAGUUAGUGAAGCUGUUUCAGCAGCCUCUGAGAAUUGGUGGGAAACUCUGUUAGAUGAGAAUGAAGAUAACAUUGCAGUUAACGACGACACGUGCUUCCCACGUGCAAAAGAUGGAUCCUUUGAACUUUGGAAUGAAGAACUUGGUUCCAUUGCUUCUGAGUUUCUUGCAGAAGGUGAAACAUGGAAGGAUUUUCUUCUUAAUUAAGUUAUCUCAUUUGCCACUGCUCUUUUGUGUUACGAGUCUCUUUAAAUUCAAAUUUGUAAAAUUGGGUCUCUGACUUUCUUUUUUUGUAAUAUAAGGACAAGUUGAAGUCGUCUGUAUCCUACUGGUUUCUAUUUUUUUAUUCUU